CCCGCCCCCGCCGCCACCAAGGCGUUCGUGGCGAUGCUCCUCAAGGACUACCCCUCCCGCGACUGCGUGCACAAGGUGCUCGACGAGGCGUUCCUCUCCCGGCUCGACACCGUGAAGGAGCUCCUGGGGAAGUACGCCAGCCCCGACUUCAGGAUUGCCGUCGACAGCGACGAGCGAGAGGCGAUACAGAAGUUGAACCUGCACUCGGCGGUCCUGAAUGUGAAGCAUCUGCUCUGGCUCAUUGAGAGGAUGGUGGACAUGAGGGUGGCUGAUAACGCGGUGAAGCUUUGGAGCGAGCAGGUUGCGCUUGCUGCUGACUUGCAGAAGUUGCUCAAUGAUGCUGACAUGUGGAGGAACAUGGCUCCUGGGCUCCCGAUGCUUGUGACCAGAUGCACCCUCAGGCUCGCUCAUUCAGUUAUGAUUGGGGAGACACUGGUUCCUCGGCAGGUGAGGAUGAAGCUUGUCAAAAGUUGGCUUCCUGUCCUGAAUGUCUGCAGGGACAUCGCCCAACCUAUGCACAGUGGAUACAAAUCGUCAAACUGCCAAGAGCUGGAGGGGACAUUUCUUAAGAUCAUCUCCACUUUGUCUGUCCCGGAUGCUCAGGAGCUGCUGCAACAAUGCCUCGGGUUCUCAACUCGCAACGUGGAUGACUGCCAGCAUUUGGUUACCGCCUUCAAGACAUGGUUCAGGCGAGCUUCCAGGGAUCCACAAGGUCCACAAGGUGGGGAAGACUGAGUGAUGGAGCUGACGUUAACGUUUUCAAGCAGCGUGCUCUGUGCGUCAUUGUACAAUCGAACCUGUAAUUAUCUGUAGGCCUCCUUGUCCCUGAAUAAUCUGAAGUUUGUUUAGCCUGGUGCCUGUCUUUUGUAUAUAAAAUCCUUGAUUAUGCACUAAGCUAAGCUAUUCAUCACCUUCUGAGAUACUAA